GUUCUAAACCUCGUGGGAUAACCUCAGUCAACUAUCGCCAUAUUGAAACUGAAUGUCGAGUUUAGUGAGGGGCUCGUAGUAGCCAUAUACUUUAUCUGCUGUCAUCCUCGUAAAUAGGAGGAUUUAGAAAGCAUGGAAAACUCGUACGGAAUCGGCGUAACAAAUCGGUACGCUUUAUUCCUUGAUGACGCAGAGGAUCCUUUGGAAGUACUAAAAGUACAGGAGCAAGAGAAGGAAGCGAAAAAGAAAACGAAGCUUUCUGAGAAGGAAAAUAAAGGGAAGACCGAAACGAAAGGAAAAUCUGCCCAAGCACCUCGAAAAGGGAUUAAGGAAACUCAGAAUGUCAAGACUUUGGAAUCUGGAAAAUCUAAGGAAGACAGUAACAAGAAAACAACUCAACGAUCUACUGAUCGCACUGAGCGCAAUGUGAAAUUCGCUGGUGAGUCUCGUGAGGAGAGGAACAACAGACGCAAUCGUGAGGACAAACCUUCUUCUACUGCACCUGUGGACUUCAAUAGAGAGCCGAGGGAUCGUGAAGGUCCUCGACCAGACAGUGAUGCCCGCCAGAGAGGGCGUGGUUCAGGACGAGGUCUUGGCCGCGGAGGCCGCGGCAGCAGAGGUACUGGCCGUGGCUAUGACAAUCGUGGUAAAAGAGAAUUUGAUCGUCAGUCAGGGUCUGAUAAAACUCGUCCUAAUUACAGUGGUGUGAAGCCGGUUGACAAGCGUGAGGGUGGAGGAGCUCAUAACUGGGGGAAUCACAAGGAUGAUAUUGAGGAACUCAAUACAAGUCAUUCUUCUGAAGAUCAGCACGACUGGGCUGCCGAUAAACCUGAAGGAGAAAGUCACCCAACGACAACAGAAUCCGCUGACACUAAGGACACUGAGACUGCUGUUACUACUGCUGGCAGUGGCAGUGGUGGUGGUGGAGGUGGUGGUGAUGCUGCUGCCGAAGUUGAGAGUGCACCACCUGUCGAAGAAGAACCCCGUGAGCUAACCCUGGAUGAAUACAAGGCGCUGAAGGGCAAUCGGCAGAAACCGACAUAUAAUUUACGUAAGGCUGGCGAGGGUGAGGACAUGACUCAAUGGAAGAAAAUGUAUGCGUUGAAGAAGAAGGAAGGAGAAGAGGAGGAUGAUGAUGAAGAGGUACAAUCGAUUUCUGCGGAAUACGAUGUGUCUGAAUAUCCUCAGCGUGUGGGAAGACAGAAGCAUUUGUUGGAUAUUGAUAUACACUUCGCCGAUUCUCGUCGGGGAACCCGUGGGCGUGGGCGCGGUGGGCCUCGUGGAGGUGGCCGUGGUGGUCCACGUGGUGCCGGCGGUCCUCCGCGUAAUGGAACUCCUGGUUCUCGAGUGGGUGGCUCUGGUGAUGCCAGAGGCCCUGGGUCGCGUGAUCGUGGCGAUCGAUUUGGAGAACGAGGUGAUCGAUUUGAUAGGGAGCGGGGCGAUAGGCCAGAACGCGAUUCAUACCAGCCGCGUGGACCGAGGCAGAGUGCACCAAAAGUGGAUGAUGAGCAUGACUUCCCGUCUCUUGGCUAAGCAGUCACAAGAUCGGCGUUGAUGUCGUAAACCUCAGUACCCCUUCUGACAUCAGAGCUCCUUUAAUACCUGCUAUUGGAACAUAUUUUCCUUUGUACAAAUUCUGGAAGUCGGGCUUCCAAAAUGUGUAGCAAUCAAAUUUUCAGUCAACACAAGGGAAGAAAGUUUUGUUCACUGUUUCGUGGGUAAGUUGGCUAUAAAUAUCAUUUGCCAACUAUGAAGUGCUUACAAAGACUUCUUUACUCUUUUUCCCUAGUCAGCCCAGAUAUGGGGGCUUUUUUUUAUUGAAUAUGGAGAAAGUUCAUUUCCACUAGGCCUGUCUUCUGAGUUGUAUACCCUGCAAAACAUUUUUUGUGUCUUUUGUUAUGCUUUGUACAAGAGUUGAUAUUGCUUUAUUGGAACUUCAAUAUUUUCAACUUAUGCCUUCCCCUCCCGUUUCUUUCCGCAUAAUUUUCACAUAUUUAUAUGGUGUUUAUUGUAUAUGCUGUUGGUGUUGGCAGGUGACCACUACACAUCAGCUGACUAAGUAAGUAGGUAAACUAAAAUUAUCGCAUAGGAUAUUUAUAUUCCUAAUAAUAUACAAAUCAUCGAAUUUGAAUCUGUUAUACUUCUAAAUGACAGGAGUCCAGAGGCUGAACUGAUUUUUAGGUAAUAGGAUCUCAUUUUACGGUUUUGUAUGUUAUUGACAACAUUAUUAUUGGUGAGACAAAGUAUUGCAUUUAAUUUGGUUCUAUUCACCUACAUAAGUCUGCGCAGCAGGUAUUGAUGAUUUGGCUCCUGGAUACCAUUUGAGGUUUUCACAGCGGUGAGUAUGAAGAUGGCUGUCUUCUGAGUUGUAGCGUCAUGUCGUCUGAUAGAAGUGUACCGACAUUUCAGAGGUCAUCAGGGCAAUGAUAAUCGAGGCAGCAAGGUCCUCUGAAAUGUCUGUAAACUUCUGUCAUACACAACACUACAACCAAGAAGGCAGUCAACUUGACUCCUGGAUGUUAGAGUGAUAAUCAAAUGAUCACGCUGUUAUUCUGGAGUACAAUGUUUUCAUUAGCCUAAGGUACUUGAAUGCAAAACUUUUACGGUGCAUAUUAGGAAUUGGUGCUUGACUUUUAUUACAGCAUAACUGAAGACUCGUGGUUCUCAUUAAAUGCUGUAGUACAGAGAAAGCAGUAUAUUUUAUGCUAACAGGCGACUGAAGUUUAUAAACAGCAUAAUUGAGUGAUCACAUGAGUGACAUUGAGUUAGAUAUGAUUUGAUCCAAUUGGGCAAUUUUGAAUUUGUACCGGAGUUGUUUUUAUGUUGAUGGCUUCAGACAUGUAUUCUGUGUUUGUGUGUCAUUUGUUUUUGUGGCAGGUAUUUGCAUUUACAAGUGCUAUUGUAUGUAGAUGAAAUUUAAUCUCCUUGUUAAAGUUGUAAAUAAUGAGAUUUAGUUUACUUUUCUCUUGAGCACUGUCAUUACCAUCAUGUGAAUAAAACUUUGUUUCCUGUAUGAACAUUAGCAUCAGAAUGGAGCAUAAGUUGUUACAGUACAUGUAGGGGUGAGGCUGUUACACAUCUGAGCAUAAUGGGCUAGGAAGUUUGAAUGAAGUUUGCAUCCUUUUCAUUGUGCACUGAAUCCUGCAGUUAUUUAUGUAUAAUAUAAUAUCCUCGGAGUUGUUUCCUCAUGCACUGAAUGAGUUGCAUACUUCUACUUUAUUCCUUUCUAUGAAAUGAAUUGAGUAUUGGCUGUUAUUAGAUGAAAGUCAUUUUAUCUAUAAAUUUGUCAUAGCCGAGAUCUUUAAUAAAGGGAUGUGUACAUCUA